AUGUAAUCAAAUAACACUCAAUAAUCAUAAAGAGAACACAAGCAUUGCAUAAAAGAGCAAAAGAUUUAAGAAUUAUUUUAAGCAACCCUCGUAAACUCUAAUAAUAUUCUUUUUCCUUAGAUUAAGCUAAAAGAGCAAUCGACUUAGGAUGCUUUAUAAAUUAUAAAUGAUUUCUUACAUCUUUUCCCUUCAAAUAGCUAAGCAUUAACUAUCAGAGGUUCUUUUAAUUUUCUAACUUAAGGGGAGUUAUUCUUAAAAGAAAAUUUAAAUGAUUAAGCAUUAAAUGAUUUAAAUUAAGCUAUUGAAUUGGGGUCAUUGAAUGAAGUAACACUUUACAACCGAGGUAAAAUAGUUUUAAUUAAAUCAGCCACUGUAUUUUAGAGAAAGAAAAUGUUUUAAGAAUCAUAAGAAGAUUGUGAAAAAGCCAUACAAAUUAAUCCUAAUUAUGGAUUAGCUUACAUGAGAAUAGGAAACCUAAAGCAUGAAUAAGGAUAGGUUUAUGAGGCUUUGAAAUACUACAAUAAGGCAAUAGAAGUGGAUGAAAAAUGUUGUUAUGCUUAUAUAAAGAGAGGGGAAAUAUGUAUUCAAAUAGGCUAAAAAUAAUAGGCACUCAAGGAUUAUACGACUGUUAUUUAAAUUGAUCCUAAGAAUGCUGAAUUUUAUUAUAAUAGAGGAGUUUUAAAUCAUGAUAUGGGGAAUGUUGAAUCAGCACUACUUGAUUAUAAUAAAGCCAUAGAAUUGGACCCCAUGGAUCCUAAAUUCCAUUUUCAUAGAGGAAUUCAAAAUAAUGAGAUGGGGAAUAAAGAAUAGGCACUCUUAGAUUAUAACUAGGUUAUUCUAUUGGAUCCUACCCAUUCUAGAACCUACUGUAAUAGAGGUUUUUUAAAUCUAUAUAAAAUAGGAAUUGUUCAGAAAAAUAUUGGAAAUAAAGAUUAGGCAGUCGUUGAUUUUAAUAAAGCUAUAUAGUUAGAUCCUUCAAGCUCAAUGUUUUAUUAUAAUAGAGGAGUUAUUUAUUACGAAAUGAAAAAUUAUGAUUAGGCGCUCUUAGAUUAUGACAAAGCUAUUGAAUUAGAUGCUACAGAUCCUAAAAUUUAUUAUAAUAGGGGAAUUCUCUAUUAAGAUAUAGGGAAUAUAUAACAGGCACUCCUAAAUUAUACUCAGGCAAUUCAUUUGGAUCCUAUGAAUCCCAAAUAUUAUUAUAACAGAGGUAAUAAUAAUAUUUAUGGGUUAGGAAAUUUGUAUGGUGAGAUGGGAAAUAAAGAUUUAGCACUUUUAGAUUAUGACAAAGUAAUUCAAUUAAAUCCAAAUGAUGAGAAAGCCUAUUGUAACAGAGGAAUUCUACAUAAGGAUAUGGGUAAUCAAGAAAAAGCACUUCUUGAUUAUAAUUAGGCAUUAAUUUUAAAUCCCAUGGAAGCUAUAACCUAUAUCAACAGAGGUAUCUUAAGGUUCAUAAAAGGAAUUCUAAAUAAUUUCAUGGGAAACAAAGAAAAAUCAUUGAUUGAUUAUAACAAAUCUAUUGAACUGGACCCUCUAAAUAGUUUUGCUUAUAUUAAUAGAGUAGGAUUAUUAUAUGAUGAAUUGGGGAAAAAAGAAUUUGCACUUGUAGAUUAUAACAAUGCAAUUUUUUUGGAUUCAAAAAAUUCUAAAUUUUAUUAUAAAAGAGGGGUACUUUAUGAAAGUUUGGGAAAUAAAGAAUAAGCACUUUUAGAUUUAUCAAUUUCCAUUCAAUUGGAUUCUAAGUAUGCUCUUGCCUAUAUGAGCAGGGGAUCUAUUUAUUUCGAAAUUGGAAAUAAAUAAUUUGCGCUUGAUGAUUAUAGCCUGGCUAUUUAAUUAGAUCCAUUGAAAGCUAUUAAUUAUUAUAAUAGAGGUGUCCUAUACCAUGAAUUGGGAAAUAAUGAGUAAGCAAUCCUCGAUUUCAGUAUGGCUAUUAAAUUGGAUCCAAAUGACGUUAGGUCUUAUUGUAAUAGAGGAGUAAUAUAUAUCAAUAGGGGUUAAUAUAACUUUGGACUUAGUGAUUAUCUUAGAGCAAAUCAUUUGUAACCAGAUAAUCCUUUUAUAUCUUAAGUUUUAGAAUAACUUUAUUCUUUAUAACAAAACUAACCAAAUAGCACAGAUUUUUGUCAGAUUACAAAAUAAAAAAAUUAAUCUGUAGAACAUAUAAUGGAUAUCUAAGAAAUUGAAAAUAAUAUUAAAUUAUUAAGAUUAGAAAUUUCAUCCUUAGCGCAACCUUUGUAGGAUUAAUAAAUCUUAGAAAAAAUUUAAGAGAGUGUAAGUAUGAUUGAGAAAGAGCUCUAAGUAACAUAAUUAAUGGAUUAAUCAGAGUCAUUAGAGAUAUCGCAAAAAACAGAAGAAUUAAAAUAAAUUCAAGAAAAAAUUAUAAAACUCAAACAAGAAUUGCCUUCAUUACAUUAAAUAAAAUAAAUAAUUAUAAAAGGAUAAUGGUCAAAUAAAUAAAAUUAUGUCUGA